AUGGCACAACCACCCCAGGAUAUCGGCUACCUCGACUACGGUACGCCCGCAAACCGUUCCCCCGGCACGCGCCAUAACUUUGGCCCCUUUGGUGGCCAUUCGCUCUCUCGUCAGGCGCAGCGACCUUUUGAUGCGCCCCUGGGAUCAUCUGCCUUGUACGGCGCGCCCGACAGGAAUGGCUCCUUCCACCGCGGUGGCAUGGAAACGAUGUCCGGCAACAUCCCAAGCUAUCUCCUUGAUAGCCACAGCCCGCAACCAGGAUGGAACUACAACGGUGCCGGCGUCGCGACAGUCAACGGUGCUGUGAAUGGACCCAGCAGGCAGCGCAGCGUCAAUCGGCGGGCCGCCCUGCCCCAGACCUGGACAGAUCCAAACAUGGGACCAUCUGGCAACAUGCAAGGCUUUCCCACUGGCCUUCCUAACAGCCCCAUGAUGAAUAACGGCCUCAGAAUCGACCAUCUCGGCUCGCACGCUUCGCAAAGUGACCUCCGAUCCUCCCCAUCUGACCCCGAGUCACUCAUUCCGACGGCCAUCGUCAUCAAGAACAUUCCCUUCGCCGUGCGAAAGGAGACCCUGGCGUCGAUUAUGCUCGAAAUGCAACUGCCGCAGCCAUAUGCCUUCAACUACCACUUCGAUAAUGGUGUUUUCCGCGGUCUUGCAUUCGCAAACUUUCAGUCGGCCGAGGACACGCGGGCGGUGAUUGAGGCCCUGAAUGGCAUGGAUGUGCAUGGCCGGAAACUACGCGUGGAAUACAAGAAGAUGCUGCCCGAAGCAGAGCGUGAGCGCAUCGAGCGCGAGAAGAGGGAAAGACGUGGUCAACUCGAGGAGCAACACCGCGCCCCCAUGCUGCACCAACAGAGCUCGAUCCAGUCGCUAGGCGCACUGUCACAGAGCCAAGGGCGAGCAGGGUCGCACAUUGGCAGGCCUUCCUCUCGUCGUGACAUAAGCGGACCCAACCAGGUGGGAGAUGUGGACCUCAACGACCCCCAAACCCUCGACUUCUACACCGAGCUGGCCAUGUUCAAGCGGGAUGAGACACGCGAGGUGCUCGUCUUCCCCACUGGCAUGGCCCCCGAACACCGCCGCUCGAUCCACAUCCUCGCACACCACAUGGGUCUCGAGCAUCAGUCCAUGGGCGAAGCAGACUCGCGUCAGCUUACGGUGCUGAAGCGUCAGCCUUCGCCCACCAUCAAUGCUCCCAUGGCAGCCAACCCUCUCGACAUCCACAAACGUGGUCUCAGCCGCGCGGCCACUUUCGACUUCGCCGCCGACCGCGAGCACCGCGGGGCCAGCAACAAUUACUCGCACAUGAUGGGCCGCCAGAACCCGACGUUGGAGAUCCCUGACAGCCCAGACGCCACGGCCAUUCCCAACAACCUGCGUGCAGCCAAGAGUUUCGCUGAUCUCAGAUCGUUCACGCCAAGCCCUUCGCAGGCUUCCUCCAGCUACCUAGCUCCUGGAGCCAGUCUCGGAGGCGGCUCAGCCCGCUUCGGUGACUACAUGAGCGCUGGUGGUCACCCUGGCCAUGCAGGAACUCCCACCGGUCGAGAAAAUGGCAAUUCGUUGAUAGGCGGUCUCAACAGCCUCAACCUUGGAGGCUUUGACGGAAACAGUCUUCAAGCCCAAGCACGGAACACCGCCGGUGCCAUUGGCAGCCAGCGCCCUGGCGCAAGCGGAAGCAACAACACGAAGAACGCUCCCGACAGGCAGCCACGCAACCCCGAGUGGGAGAACUCGACAGGGUUUGGCGCUCGUCGAGCCAACGGGCACAUGGCUCGCGGUAGCGAUUCGUCCGACAGCGGUGCCCGCAUCGGUGCUACUUCAACCGGCUCGUCGAGGUACCACUAA